UGGGACCCAGCGCUGCCCCCUCCAGCAGCAGGAGCAGCACAGCAGCACCACCAGCAGCCGCCGCAGCCACAGCGGCCACAUCAGCGCCAGCUAGCCGGAGACUAGCAGCUCCGCGUGGCAGAAAGCGGAGGGGCGGAGGCGCUCGCCGGAGCCGAGCCGAGCGCGCAGCCGGGCCGCUGCCGCCGCCUCACAGAUGCCAUCACGGCAACAAAGAGCUCGCUGAGCUGAGAGCGACGACGAGAGCUCGCCUGGAAGCCACGGCGUCGACUCCCGGAGCUAGGUUGCAGCCGGAGGAAGCGCGUGGGAGCUCUGGGGAAGGGGAGGGGACAGAAGAUGGCCAGAAAGAGAGAGUCCGCCGGCAUCAAGGAAGAACCACCAGAGUGUCCCUUAGAUGAAGACAACUUUGGUAAACCGAGGACAUUUGACCCGGAUUUCAAGGGACCUGUUACCAAGAGGUAUUGCACAGAUGUUCUGUGCUGCUUGAUCUUCAUAUUGCUCAUCAUUGGCUACAUAUUUUUAGGACUUGCGGCCUGGGUAAAUGGCGACCCCAGGAGACUGGCCUUUCCAACUGACAGCCAGGGGCACUUUUGUGGCCAGAAGGGCACACCCAAUGAGAACAAGACUAUUUUGUUUUACUUUAACCUUCUAAAAUGUAGCAAUCCCUCAGUGAUGAUAAACCUACAGUGCCCUACCACACAGGUCUGUGUUUCCCAGUGCCCAGAAAAAUUUAUAACCUACACAGAAAUGCAAAUUAAAAGCAAAAAAAACAAAACCUACUGGGAAUACUACAAACAGUUCUGCAAGAGACAUUUUGAUAAGCCGGGGACGUCUCUCAGCCAAAUUAUGCUGACUGAAGAUUGCCCAACAGUGAUUUUUCCAAGCAGACCUUUUCUCCAGAGAUGUUUCCCUGACUUCUCUACUAGAAAUGGCACUUUGACAAUAGGAAAUAAGACAACCUUUCAUGAUGGAAGUGGAAAGAAAAGAAAUGUUAUUGAACUCAGAACAGCUGCAAAUGGUGUCAGUAAACUCAUUAAAGCAAAGUCAUUAGGAAUGAAAGUGUUUGAAGACUAUUCAACAUCUUGGUUUUGGAUUCUCCUUGCCCUGAUUAUCGCCAUGGUCCUUAGUUGGAUAUUUUUGAUACUUCUGAGGUUCACAGUUGGACUCCUCUUCUGGAUAUUCAUAUUGGGUGUGCUUGGAGUUCUGGGAUAUGGAAUAUGGUACUGUUACUCAGAAUACAUCAGGCUUCAAAGAGAUACAACUUCUGAUUUAAGUAUAUAUGACAUUGGGAUUCAUUCUGACGUCAGCAUCUACUUUCAACUGAAACAAACAUGGUUCACUUUCAUGAUAGCGCUCAGCAUCAUUGAAAUAUUGGUCAUCCUCAUGCUGAUCUUCCUCAGGAAUCGAAUCCGCAUCGCCAUUGCCCUGCUGAAGGAAGGGAGCAAAGCCAUUGGACACAUCCCCAGCACGUUAUUUUAUCCAAUAUUAACUUUCAUUUUCCUCUCAAUCUGCAUUUCCUACUGGGCCAUGACAGCAGUUUUCUUGGCUACAUCAGGGACACCUGUAUACAAAGUUGUAACCCCAGGUGGGAAAUGUGUGCAUGAUAAUAAAACCUGUGACCCAGAGGUAUUCAAUACAAGUGAAAUUCCCAAAGCUUGCCCUGGGUCUAUGUGUAACUUUGCUUUCUAUGGUGGAACGAGCCUGUACCAUCAAUACAUCCCCACCUUCCAGAUAUACAAUCUAUUUGUCUUUCUCUGGCUUAUGAACUUUGUCAUUGCAUUGGGUCAGUGCACCCUUGCUGGUGCCUUUGCUGCUUAUUACUGGGCCUUGCAAAAACCUGAUGACAUCCCACCAUUUCCACUCUUCACUGCAUUUGGACGAGCCAUACGAUAUCACACAGGUUCCCUAGCAUUCGGAUCUUUAAUUCUUGCAUUAGUUCAUAUGUUUAGAAUUGUUCUAGAAUAUCUGGACCGCCAUCUUAAAGAUGGCCAGAGCAGCUUGGCUAAAUUCCUACAAUUCUGCCUGAAAUGCUGUUUCUGGUGUUUGGACAAACUGAUAAAGUUUUUAAACAGAAAUGCCUAUAUCAUGAUUGCAAUAUAUGGCAGAAACUUCUGCAAGUCAGCAAGAGAUGCUUUUAAUAUCCUGAUGAGAAAUGCUAUAAAAAUUGCAGUUAUGGAUAGAGUUACGGACUUCGUGCUAUUCCUGGGAAAAAUUCUCAUUGCUGGAAGUAUUGGUGUCCUGGCCUUCUUAGUCUUCACACAAAAAAUCUCAAUGAUUAUAGAAGGACCAACGACUUUAAAUUAUUACUGGGUACCUUUGCUGACCGUCAUUAUUGGAUCGUACCUAAUUGCACAUGGGUUCUUCAGCGUCUAUGCAAUGUGUGUUGAUACACUUUUCAUCUGCUUCUGUGAAGAUAUGGAAAGAAAUGAUGGAUCUACAGAAAAACCCUACUUCGUAGCCCCUAAAGUGCAUGGAAUUCUGAACGAGUUGAAACUAAUUCCCCAGGAGCAGAAAAAGUAGAAAAGCUCCAAACAGUGCCACUCACUUUUAAGUAGAAGUUUUGUAAAUUGGGUCAAUUGUAAUUGAAAAUGAUGCUUUUGAUUAACGUGAAGUUCCUGUGCUUAUUUCUUUAAAAGUCAGCAGCUGGUACCAUCUGAGAAGUCAGGCAUUUGAUGAUAGUAGCCUCUGUGAAGUAGGAUACUUUAUAGACUGUGAUCCCAGCUGAACAGCAAGGUGUAAACAUCAAACAAUUUUCUAAAUCUAUAGCCAAAAAUGUUUUAAUAACUUUUAUAACUCAGUGUGCUGUUUCCCAUUGCAGCACUUUGUUAGCCUUUCUUUUUAUAAAGUGUGUAUUUGUAAAAAUAUUCAGGCAAUUUUUAAAAGCACUAUAAAUGUACAAUCGAUUAGCCAUAAAAAGAUUGAUUUAUACCUAACCAGCAUAUGGUACUAAAUUUGUAAAUAUGGUGCUAUGGUUAUAUUUAUACUGUUCAAGCUGGCAGGCAACUCUCUAAACUGUGAUUAAACAUGUAUAAUGGUUCCCUAGGAAGCAUAUUUCAAGAAUUGAUUCAAGGCCAUAACAAACUUAUAGAAUUUAAUGUUAUACAGGUUCCACAGAGAGUAGUACUGGGUAAAAGUUUAGUGUGGAACCUUCAAAGCCCCUUCUGUUUCAGUGAAAUUAUAUUUAUAGUGAAGUUGAAUCUGAGUUCUGUAAUGUCAUUUCCAAUAGUAUGAACCUCUGGCCGUGGUGAAAAUAUUCUGGACGAAACUGAAAUUGUCACAUAAUCACACUUUUUGUCUCUAACCCAAAUUUCCUGUUCCCAUGAUACAGAAAAACAGCAUACAAUUGUGAUAGAGGAGUGAUUACAUCUUUUCAUAAGCAUACCUGUAUUUCUAGGUUAAAGAAAUUGUAUGAUUUGGUUCUACAAAAGGUUUAAUUUUAACUCAACUCUCAGUGAGGAAAGAGAAAAGUUAAGACACUUUUGAUUGUCACACAAAGGAAAUAUACCAUUGACCCUCUGAUAGGUGCCUUAUCUGGUACCUUUUCAAGGGGCAUACUACGGGUUAGCAAAUCUCCCCCUCCAGGUCUUAGGAGGAACAUCACUGCCAAAUUCCACUCCUGCUGACCAGAGCAACAAGCUGGCUUCUGGCAGCCAGCCUGAGUCUUUUGCAUGGUAAAGCAAAGCACAAUUCAGACACACACACCUUGCCUAUCCAUCCCGAGUGUAAGCACAUAUGUUAUGGCUAACAGUGUAAAAAUAGGACACCCCAGAAGGAACAUUGGAUCAAUUACCAUCCUUUUGGCUUCUACACUAAGCUUAUGAAUACGGUUAUUUAUGUAUUGACAGAGAAGGAGCAUGAAGAUCUGAGUAUGAUCCAUGAAUCCAAGAAAGAGUCAGAAAUGUAUAAUUGUGUUAUAAAUUAUAUAAAUACCAAUGUUUUUAAUAAUCCGGAAGUGUGGGACUGAGAUUUAGACUGACUCCGUGGGAGCGUAUAGCGAGACGCCAGUAGGCUACAAGCCAGUGACUAGGGAAAAUGUUCAAAAUACUGUUUCUUAUAAUGGCCACCAACUCUUGGCUUACUUUUCUUGAGACUGUCAUAGUCGGAAGGGUAACUGGGCUCCACACAUUGGCAAACAGCCUUCCUCACUCUCAUUCUCCUUUAAGUAUAAAAUGCAGGGACAAGUGAUCACUUAUAUUCCUAAGUUUUUAUUAUUAUUUCAUUAUCCAACAGAAAAUGGGCUACAAACAGAUCUAGUAGAAUAAUGACCUCUCCCUUAAAAGUGUUGAAAACUUAUGGGUAAUAAAUUCCCUUCAGGAAUAGUCAAAAAGUUAAUAAUAAUAAAGCAAUGGGUCUCAAUUUUUAUGCAUUUAAAUCACUAAAUAAAUAUAGAUGCCUGGGUCCCACCCUAGAUAUUCUGAUGUUUGGGUGUGGGCCAGCACGUGAAUUAUCAUAAAGUUCUCUAGUUGAUGCUGAUACACAUAAAAUUUGGAAAAUCACUUGAAAAAUAUACAGUAAGUGAGAAACUACUUGCUUAUUUUCACCUUCUAUUCUUGGCUGUCCUAGGAGUUAGAAAAUUGAGGAAGGCAAAGGAGAUUAAUUUGGAAACUUCUAACAAUCAUAACUUCUUCUGCAUUGUAAAAGAUCCUCCGUACUGGAUGGGGCCCAUGUACCAAAUAUUUAACAGUAUAUCUGCUGAUUGGACCAGAAAAUUCUCCAAAGUAAAAAUUCUCUUCACUGAGCUAUGGAAGUCCUUUCUAAACUUGGCUGUGUUUUAAAGCUAUAACCCUGGGCUAUAAAAUCAUAAGAAACAGAGUAUCAUUUUGUUAACUAAUUCUUAAUUAUCUUAAGCAUGUGGAAGGAAGAAUUUCUAAGUGUAGAAGUUUUAACUACAUUAUGAGCUUAUUUCUAGUCAAAAUGAUAUUCAUAAUUACUUCUUUGUGGACUCGAAAUAUAUAGUCAAAAUGAGCAUUGUUUUGAGAAGAAAUUUAGAGGCCAUUUUCUUACAAAGCAAUUAAUAACUGAAAAAACAAAGUAAUAUUUCUCAAAAUUUGUAGAUGAAGGAUUUUAAAUAUACUAAAUUUUACACGUCUUAAUUUAUAAAGUCAUACCAUAUAAAUUAUUGAUGGCAAAACAAAAAUAAUUUUGAAAAAACUUGGUAACUUGGAAAGUAAAUUGAGAAAUUGAGAACAUAGUAUUUUUCAGGAACUUGAAGGUAAAUUUAGAAAUUCCUGAUGAAUCUUUUUGUUUUUGAAAUUAGUUUGCUAUCCAAAGGAAGGUAAAAGUUAUUUGUUUGAUCAUGCAAUUGAGAGACAUGCAAUAUUGGCAGAAUCUGACCUGGUACACAAAAUGAGAUAUCUUACUGACAUUUUAACAAGGGCUGAUUGUUUUCUCAUACCUGUGUUCACAGUAAUGUUGACGCCAAAAUAUGCUGUUCUUUAAAAACAGUUUGUACUGCUGUAAAGCAAAUAUACAGCAGAUGGCGAUGUUACUUCUCUUACCGUUUUGCUUUGACAUUUACUCUGUGCCAUUCUUCCUCCUAGUGGAAGAUUUAGAAAGAAAUGAUGGCUCUACUGAAAGACCCUAUUACAUGAAUAAAACUCUGCUGAAGAUUUUGAACAAGCAAAAUGUACAAACUAAGGAGCGGUAGAAGUGCAAACAGUGAUCAUCCUGCAGGGGUGUGUUACGUUUUUCUCAUUUGCUGUGUCUGUGCAACACUCAUUUCAUGUGUUUUGUAUUUAGCUCUGCUGUAUUCACAACCUUGUUGGCUUUUUUUGCAUGUUUUAUACCAAAGCUUAUACUGUAAUAUGUGAAGCCAUCAGAAGUCACAAGGGAAUUGCUAAUAACAUGGAAACAUUUUUAUACUAAGAUCUUGUUUUGUAAUUCAUUUUUAAAUAUAAUUGCUUGGAUGUUUUGAAAAUACUAGUGACUGAAUAUUCUUUUAAACAUUAGAUUGAAAAAGAUAUGUUAUUUACACUGAUAGCUCCUAAUGUAUUUUUUAAAUUACAACUAAAAGACUUCUUCUGCAGGGAAAAGUUGGUACACAAAAUGAAAUUUUAAAUUUUAAAGCUUUCCUCACUUCUGUUAGACAGUAAAUCAGUAAAAGGACCACCCCGCUACAGAUUUUGCUUUCUUUAAGUAUAGAGUGUUUCCUAUUAAACAAAUUGCCAAUCAUGAAGUCUUCACUACUUAGUCCUUUUUGACAAAGUGCCUUACUGGCUGUUUAAUAUUACCCAGCUUUUGUGGGCAAGUUUACAAACAUUGUUUAAAAAAAAAAAAAAAAAAAAAAAAA